AAUGCACGCGCCAUUGAGCCAAUGAUUGACGCCGCAUGAUAUGACGUCAUGUGUUGAAGGCAGUAAUCUUUUAAAGAGUUAUUAGAGUACGUUCGCAAUACUCUAUGAAACAGAUUGGUAACGGCCAAGCGAAUAUUUACUGCUGAUCAGUUUGAAUUAACAGGGGUCCGUCAGUCUGGAUGUACAGGACUACUUUCACUUUCACUUUGACCUUUUUAUAUACAUUCUCGAUCAGUUUAGUUUGAUAGCCUACACUGAUAUGUAUUCUAAAUAUAUCUGUUUUAUUUAUUCAUAUUAUUAAUCAUCAGAUGUUUUCUACAAUUAUUUAUAAUUCUGAUUUCCUGGGAUGGCUUCAAAAUAUACCUGUUCUAUUUGUAUAGAUAACUUUACCAAACCUAAAUUACUGCCAUGUUGUCAUCACACUUUCUGCCAACAAUGUAUCGAUGACUACAUCAAGGCUCACGCUAAAUUCAAUAAGUUCAACUGUCCUAUUUGUCGACAGGAGACCGAGGUACCAUCAGGUGGUGCCAGUCAGUUUGUCACCAACUUUUAUCUAGAAGACGAUGGUGAUGAUAAACAGUAUUGUACAAAACACAAGAAGAAAGAAGUACAAGUUUAUUGUCGAGAUUGUCGCAAACCAUGUUGUUCUCUUUGUGUUAUGGUGGAUCAUAAAGACCACACGAUAGCGGAUUUAGAUGACGUAGACCAGGAAAUGAGAGAAAUUGUCAUGAAACUGAAAACUGAAUCAGAAAAGAAGAUAAAACGGUUACAGAAACAUUCUGACUUUCUGAAGGCCAAAAUAUCUGACAUGAACAUAUCUUGUAAGACAUCUUGUGAUCGAGUUCAGCAACAAAUAGAUAAUAUUUGUGAAAAAGCCAGGAAGAUUGGAGGAACAAUUAAAGAUGACAUCAAUAAAAUUGGUGAAGAUGAAAACAGUAAACUAACCAAACUAGUAGAAGAAGAUGACAAGAUGACAUCUAAAAUGAAAGAAUGGUGUGAAUAUGCUGAUCGUAUAUUACAACAUAAAUCUGUAAUUACCACUGUAGACCAAAAUACAUUACCAGACAUCCAAACAAUAACAGAUUACAACAUAUCAACAAAUUUACAGAAACCUGUAGUCAGACAUCCAUGUUAUUCUAUGGUGAAGGUUGAUGUAGACUGUUUAAAACGACUACUGGGUGAAGUACAAACACCAACAACAUUUACCAGUAGUGUUAGUUUGAACCAGAUAGUGAAGAUAGAUGAGCGGUACUAUAGUGAUGAUGUUAUAAUACAAGGAUUACCAUGGCGUGUAUAUGUUAGACAUGAUACAUCAAAAUUAUAUAUUUACCUGGAACUGAAGGACGUACAUGUAGACGAUAAAACUAUUAAAGCUGUUACAGCUAGUUGUACACUGAAACUGUUAAAUAUCAAUGAUGAGAGUAAAUCACUAGUUAGACAACGUACACGUACAACUGAUCGUCUUUAUGCUUAUAUACAUACUGGUGUUUAUAUAAACCGUGAUGAACUACAAGAUAUAAACAAUGGUUUUAUUGAUGACAACAAGAUAUUUACUGUAGAGGCUACUGUACAUAUAACUGAUAUAGAACGAUAUUGAAGACAUCUAAUAAACAAUAACAGUUAUAGUUAUAUAAUAAACAGUAGUCUAUAGCAUUACGUCAUAAACAAUAAUAAACAAUAACAGUUAUAGUUAUAUAAUAAACAGUAUUAACUACGUCAUAAACUAUAACAGGAUAAACUACAGAAUAUCAACAUAUUUUUGUUACUGUACAUGUUAUUGUAAGUGACAACUGAUCCACUUGAUCCAAUAUAUUAUGUUUUAGGUGUCUGUAUAUUGUGUCAUGUCUGUACAUGUACCUACUGUGUGCAAAUUUUAUUUUGUGGCAACAUUAUGUGGGCAGGAUAUUUCUACAAAUGCCAGGUGUUUACAUGUGGAACUUUUUAUGUGAUUCGGGGAGAUUUGAAAUCCGGAAUAAUUUUUCUGUAUUCAGUAAAAUGUUUGCGCUUGGUCGAAAACGCGUGUCGGCGGUUAGGAGGUGUUACACAAUCACAGAUUAUCUGAUGUUAAAGACGCUUCCUGCCAACUUGACACUUGUUCGUUAUCGGCAUGCCUGGAGUUCUUGGUCUAUGUGAUUAUGUAACGAUUAUGUAAACGUUAACUUGCUGGCAUGUUUUAUUUAAACUUUCUUUGUCUGAUUAGCAUGUAUCGAAUGUUAAACUUGAUAUGAUACAUUAGCCAGAUGCCUAAUAAGAUCCUUUGUUUGGAAGGGUUUAUAAAACCAGAUUAAGAAACAAAUCGACAGACAGGUCCGGCCGGGACAGGCCACGCAGGUCUGGAGUUAAGACCGGACAACGGCCACGUAAUGUAAAUUAGUUGGGAGUUGGCACACUCGUGCCUAGCCGAGCUAGGACAUGGCUCUCUCAACACAAGUUAGUUAUGGAGUCUUUAAGUUUUGUAUAUAAUAUGUUAGAAGAAGCAGAGAAUAAAAGUAUUUUAAGAUGUUAAACUAGUCUUGUCAUCCGAACUUGAUUAAAGAACCAAUACUGUCACAGAGGGUACAAGGCGUAUAACUAUAAGUGUCGUGUACAAGGCGAGAUAUACUUAGUCUUUCAAGAACAUUUAAUAUCACUUCUCAUUUAGUUAAAUUAGUAAAAUAUACAUUAUACAAGCUCUAUAUCUGCAUAUUGCAGAUCUUUUAUUGGCUACAAACGUUAUAUAAAGUAUUAAUUAGGCAUAUAUGAACAUGACACGCCCAUAAUGAACUCUCUAGAACAUCGGUUGACCUUGACAUUGAAUGACUUAGAACAAUCGCGCAAUUUAUUAAUUUAACGUUUAAAUUAGUUAAUCAAGACUUUGUUUAUUAUCGUAGUAACGGUACAUGCCAAUCGAGACUAUCUAUUCCAAGUGCCGUAGUACUGUUUUCAGGGGGUUGUAGCUUAUUCCAAUACUAACGACGAGAACUCAGAUGAAUAAUUAAAAUUGUACUUUUAAUAAACGAGUGUAUAAAACUGGCUAACGGUAACAAUAAAGAGAUAGGUAUCACUAGGGAGAAUCGAUCACCUGACUUAAAGUUACAGACGAAUAUAUAAACAAAUGGAAUGGGGUUUAGCGUCCUACUGUUCUGCUCUGACUGGACUAAUGAAGACCGGCUUACGUAAUAUGUCCCUCUAGGACCGCCACUGAUGUCUUCCCUAUGAUGUCUAAACAAAUUUAAACCCCGCCCGUUCUUAUAAAGAGGAUACGUGCAUGGAUCAUGGACUGACCACCGGGAAAUUGACCAGGUACUUAAUUCCUUUAUCUUAUUGGUCAGCUACCCAGAAGCUACACUGAAUUCCAACACAGUGUCCUUGUAUGGGUACUCAGGACGAUGGGUGUCCACGUUUUUAAAGCAUGAGAUUACCAUAUUUGGAUUACCAGACUAUGAUGUCAUUGCCCGAUUUUAAUCUACCGGACAUAUCCUUGUUAACCUAGUUCUCGUUGUCACUGAAACUAACUAACGAUUUCAAUACAUUAACCAGAGCAUCUUUUAGAGAACCUAAAUAACCUCUACUGUAUAUAGGCUCAAUAGUAAUACAUAUAUUGUUAAAUAUAGAAGCAUAUUUUAAAGAAUUAUUUUGGGGAAAUUAUGAAAUUUUCCAUGACUUAAUCCGGGGUUAAAUAAACUCAGAUUGAUUAUUUAACAUUUAAUUAAGAAAACAAAAUUAAAAUAUGAACGAUCCAUUCCCCGGAUUGGAUUCCUUCUGAAUGAAAAUAGGUUCAUCACUGACCUGUGUUGAAUAUAUCCUAUAGGACGACAAAUGUUGACAAUUUUCAAUUCCUUCGAUCUUUAUCAAUAAAAAUAAUAACGAAAUGGCGUUUAGCGUCAUACUGUUCUGUUUCUAUACUGGGCUAAUAAAGACGGGCAUACGCCAUGCAGUGUGCUUUUUGGGAAAUUUUGCCCGGGCAGCGGCACUAUGACCGAGUCAGUGUAUAUUUGAAUUUGACAGUCAGUCGUGUUUGUAAUCAAGGUAAUAAUCUAAUAAUAAACAACCUAUAUGACGUCAUGAUAGACACGUGUCUAUUAUAAACUGUUCAUUGACUUGAUUGGUGUUUUAUUACAAUGUCCGCGUGUUGUCUGUUUUACUUUCACUUCGUGUCUCAUCCUGCCACUCUAAUGUUGAUAUAGACCAAACAUCUGUGUUACUACCCCUUUAAUGUUAAUACAAAUCACACAAGUACAAGUAAUGUAGUUUUAUUUCUAAGAAUGGCGUCAUUGUUAAAUUUCCUAGAAAACCUAUUGUUGUAUUGAUAUGUUAUAUUAUUUAGAUGAAUAUCUAUGGCCAUGUUCCAAUAUGUAGAAGAAUCAUACAUUAGCCUGUUGUUAUGUCAGACUAUAUUUAAAGGGGGUAUGGCUCUGUUCUUUUGAACCUAUAAAUAGACGAGAGUUGGUCUAAAAGUACAUUAAUGCAAUAUGAAUGAAUGAAUGUAACAUGAUUUAUAUUCAGUAAUUAGUAUUUGUUUGUAAUUUCUAAUGAAUUAUGUUAGUUUAUUGUUAGAUGGUUCAAUUCAACAUAUUAAUAUAUCAUGUAUUCAACAUUUUAAUAGAAGUUUAACUGCAAAGUGGAAUACAUUUUAACAAACAUUAUUCUUAUACCGAAUAAACAAGUAUUAUUGCCAUAAAUA